UCCUGUGUAUAUAGGUUAUGGUUUGUGCAAAUAAAUGCGGUCUUGACGUGAGGUUUCUCAACAAGGAAGUAAAUGUACCUAAUUUAUUCAUAAUGCGUUUUCUUAAGAAAGAAGAAGGAUAUGAGUUGCCUAUCGGUGUUAUGAGCUACAGUCUAAUAGGACAUAUCGGUGACCCAGGUGAAUGAACAGGAUGGACAAGUUUUAUGCCGUGCUGUUUCUGCAGUUUCUGCUCUGUUUCCCACGCUUCAUGAACGGUGAGGUUGUUCAUAUCACUGUGCUGACCAUAGGAUACACAAAUGUAGGUUCAUCUAGUGGUCAGUAUCAAUGUUACCCCAGUGUACCAGAUGCAGACGCUACACUAUCAUUUGGUCGAUCGGCACCCAUAACAACAGACAGAUCACCACCAGCAGAUGUAGGACACUCAUUGCCAAACGUCAGACGGGUCAUAUUCCCUACAGGAGAUGGAUGGAAUAAUGAUGGUUUCGGUCCUUUCUACUGUGAGGCUUCUAAACCUGAUCGAGAUGUUACAAGUGUUACUACAUUUUUCCAACGAAAUGAUGCUAAAUUCAUAUCAAGUGAUGGAUCGUUUACAAAGACAGUCAAUGUGAAUGAGACCGGAGUGAUGAUCAGCAUGACUAGUCGUUAUGGUCCUGAUGUGAGUGACAACGUGAUUACUUGGAGGAAAGAUGGAAGUGAGGUUCUACCAUCAUUUGGUGGGCAGACUCAGAUCGGCUUCCCAAACCCAAUCCAGACAUCAGACCAAGGAAUCUACGAGAUUUACUAUGAUAACGAGAGGAAUCAAAAUAAUGGAGGACUAUACAGACUCAUCGUCAGAGAAUGCCCUGCUGGUAAGUGGGGUCCCCCUGAGUGCUAUGGUAUCUGUGAUAAAUGCUACAAUGGUGGAGUCUGUGAUGACAAGUCUGGACUAUGUAUCUGUCCUAACAACUUCAGGGGAACGAAUUGUUUAGGAAUUUGUAGAACUGAUGGUGGAAAUCGAUUUGGAUUGAACUGUGAGUUUCAAUGUACAACUAGAGGUGAUCCUGCCACAAAAUGUCAUGAAAAACUUUUUUGCCUACCUGAUCCUUACGGUUGUUCAUGUGACGUCGGUGCCCAUGGUCGUACAUGUAACACACUAUGUACUGCUGGUACAUAUGGUCCAGGAUGUUCACAGACAUGUCACUGUGCAGGCGGUGGUUCAUCAUGUAACAUCUAUAGUGGAGUAUGUGCAGGUGAAUGUCAGACUGGCUGGUCUGGGGACAACUGUCAAAUUCCAGAUGAAUGUGAAGACGGCUACUAUGAAUCUCAAUGCACUGAUAAAUGUCAUUGCUUGAAUGAUGGACCAUGUGAUAAACAGACUGGAGAGUGCCCUGAGCAGAGGUGCGCUCUAGGAUACACAGUAGGCGUUACUGGCGGGGUCAUAUGUCAAGAGUGUGAAGGGGGUACCUUUGGUAUGGAUUGUCUUCAGCAAUGUCAUUGUGCUCCAGAGGCUUGUGAGAAGCAGAGAGGUCUUUGUAAUGGACAAUGCCUGGAUAGCUGGUUUGGACCGUACUGUCAAAGAAUAUCCAGAUUGGUUCCAGUGAGAGUGAACCCAUACCAACCAUCUAGCUUCACAUGUUAUAUUGAGGGUAUCCCACUUCCCGAUGCCUCCUCAGUUAAUCUUUACAGACGUACUGGAAGCACCUAUAACAGGACAGGAAUCACCAGGGGAUCAAGCACUGUCUCAGGGUCAGAACGGGCUGUUGUCUUUGAUGUUGAUAGUGUGUAUCCACAGGAAGAUGGGGGAUACCAAUGUACUCUCAUUGUUGAAACUACAGGUUACCCCAGUGUGCUUAUUACCAACGCAACCUAUGUGCUGCCAGUCAUUGAGAAAGCACCAGUGAUAGUGAGUACUUCCUCAACUACAGUUGGUCUCCGAUGGAAUGCAUGGUCUGAAGAAGAUGAUGUAGGUGAUCCUCCUCUGGUAGGAUAUGAUGUCUUUGUAAAGAAGGAUGGUGACUGGGUAGCGGAUCAGAGAGUAGAUAAACUAACAACAUCAGCCAUCGUUAGUAACCUGACACCCGACACAGAUUACAGGUUUCGUGUAGCAGCAGUGAGGAAUGGAACAGGUGGAACAGGACCUUUGUCUCCUAAGAACGACACAGUAACUCUCUGUAGAAAACCCAGUGCUUCUCCAGCUAUACUUCAAGUUUCAGCCAUCAACCCUAAAGAGCUAGAGGUGACAUGGGAGCACCUCCCCUCAGAAUCAGCAGAAUGCAGGAGUGGAGUGACUCAUUAUAUGAUCUACUAUGCUCCCUCUGGUUCAACUUCUUCAAACUCUAACUUGGUUUCUCGUGACGUUAGCUCCUAUGUGAUAAGAGGGUUAGACACCUAUCUGGACUAUACCAUUCAAUUGACUGCAUCAAAUAAAGACGAGGAAAGUGAUAGGAGCAGUGAGACUAUCGGCAAAACACUUGAAGAAGUUGCACCUAGUCCCAUCAAUGUGGCUAUACCGCGCAGUACUACAAGUUCCUUCACUGUAUACUGGUCUACCCCUCUACCAUCUAACAACAAUGGUAACAUCCAGAAGUAUAUCAUCCGCUACCAGCAAACUGAUCCCGUUGACCCCGAUGGGAACUAUAAGUCAGAGGAAGUAUUGAACAGUGCGUUUGAAGGAGAGCAUACUGUGGUAGACCUGACAGCAACAACAAACUACUCAGUCCAGGUACAGACUGUUAAUGGAGCUGGUUCUAGUAAUUGGUCAGAACCUGUGAAUGCUAAGACGAUACAAUCAGGUGGCCCUCCUCCUCCAAUAGGAGCGAUAGUAGGGGGUGUCAUGGCUACCCUCUUUAUCUUCAUCCUGGUCAUUAUUCUCACCCUUGUCAUCUUUAGAAGGCGAAGAAACAACGAAGGACAGGAUACCAAGGCUAUUGAUAAGCAGGGUGGUUCGUCUGCUGUCAUAUACAGUAAUGAAGAGAUUGGUUUCCAUGACAACACAUAUGACGGAGUGGCAUAUGACGAGAACACCUAUGAAGGAGUUGACCUUCCACCUGCUGCAACAGUCCCAACCUCUAAACCACCUAUCCAACCAAGGGUGCAAUCCCAAAACACCAACGGCAAACCUGUCGCUGUCGUUCGUCCAGAAAGAUCGGAACCCAAGGCCAAGCCUCCACCGCAGCCAAAGCCGUAUGCCCUCUAUGCUACAGAUAAGGCUGGAAGCAACGCAUCAUUGGAUGAUGUCAACAGAAAGCAAGAAAUGGGAAAGAAGGAUGAGAAGCCGCUUAUGGUACCUAGAGACCGAUCUAAGAGUCAGGAGAAUCUAGACAAAGGAAGUAGAGAGGAGGUGGAAAGUGGAGACAUCUACCAGAACGUGACCGUUCCAGGAGUGGUGAUGGUCACGGAGCUUGAGGAAUACAUCAAGAGCAAAAAGAAUGGCAGCAUCAAUGAGCUGGCCCAUGAGUUCAAUCUUCUCAACGUCAACCAACAAAGUCCCUGGGAAGUCGCCUCCAAAGAGAAGAACAAGCCAAAGAAUCGCUUCAGGAAUAUCAUUGCAUAUGAUCAUUCUCGUGUUGUGCUUGAGAAAGUUGAUGGAGAUCCCCACUCUGACUACUUCAAUGCUAACUAUCUCAGCGACUUCAAGGGAAAAAAGGCAUUCAUUGCAUCACAGGCACCUAACACGGCAUCACUGACUGCCUUCUGGAGAAUGAUCUGGCAAGAGAAUGUUGCGACCAUUGUCAUGGUAACCAACUUGAUUGAGGCAGGAAAGGAUCGUUGUAGACAGUACUGGCCCAAGAACCCAAGGUCUGUCGAAGUUAUGGGUGACUUCUCUCUCUUCUUGCUUGAGGUUGAGCAAUUCUCUGACCACAUAGUGCGGACCUUGAUCGUUAAGAAGAAGACAGGAGAUGAGAUGGAUGAAGAGGAGAGUGAAGAGAAGAGAACCAUCGUGCAGUAUCACUAUCUCUCUUGGCCUGACAUGGGUGUACCUGAGUAUUAUACAACACUCAUCAGCUUCACAGACACGGUCAAACAGCAUCAUACCAAGUUGCAAUCCACUGGAUACACCGAUCCUAUGCUGGUUCAUUGCAGUGCUGGAGUAGGGAGGACUGGGACGUUUAUCUGUCUCUACAACAUGCUGGACAUGAUGAAGGAGGAAGGCAGAGUAGACAUCUUCAGCUUCAUCUCUAAGAUGAGAGAAAACAGGAUCAAGAUGGUUCAGACAAAGGAGCAAUACAUCUUCCUGUACAAUGCCUUGCUUGAGGUCUACCUGAGUGGCAAAACUGAGAUACCAGUUUCCAAGUUCAGAGAGAAGAUGGACACACUGCACAGGGCCAACUCCGUGACAAAGAAGGCAAACAUUCACGUUGAAUUUAAGAACCUGCAUACACUGACUCCAACACCAUCUGCGAAUAGCUUUCGAAGCGGAAGAGCUUCCAUUAAUCGAAAAAAGAAUCGCUUUCCUGAUAUUUUGCCAUUGGAGCGUAACCGGCCGUAUCUUGCAUGCCCUGGUUCCAUUGAUAGCACUGAUUACAUCAAUGCCUCUUUCCUGAAUACAUUCCUGAAGAAGGAUGUUUUCCUGGCUACGCAGUCCCCCUUGCCUAACACAGUGGAAGACAUGUGGAGACUUGCCUUUGAUUGGAAGUGUCCGGUUAUUGUCAUGCUAAAUGAGUUGGAUGAGGAGACUUGUGUACAGUACUGGCCAGAAGAGGGCAGCAUUGCACUCGAAUCACUGGAGGUGACUGCACUGGACUCAGAGAGUACAAUGAACUUUGUGAAAAGGAGAUUCACCGUGACGUCAGACUCUGGAGAGAGCAUGACUGUUGAACAGUUUGAGAUGCUAGGAUGGGGUAUGUCACACAACAAACCAGACUCUCCCGUAUCAUUGCUGGGUCUCAUUGAAGCAGUACAGGGCAGCAUCAAGACGGCCACGUGCAAGGGACCAGCCAUUGUUCAUUGCGUAAAUGGGAUUGGUCGUAGCGGUGUGUUCUGUGCCUUGUGGUCCGUUAUGGAGAAGCUGAGAAAAGACAAUACAAUCGACAUCUUCCAGGCAGUCAAGAGGCUUAGAUCAAGCAGACCUAACAUGGUCGAAACCUUGGAUCAGUACCAGCUUUGCUACGAUGUCAUGAAUCAACAUCUGCAUCAGUUUGAAGAAUAUGCCAAUCUGGACAUCCUGUAAAUUAAAGAAUCAAUGUCAUUCCAUUAGACAAAGUUCCUGUGCAGUGAAAUCUUGUGAUUCAGUGAGCCAUCUCAGACCCAUUCAUUGGACACACCUCAUCAGAUAAAAGACAUCUGAUCAAAUAUUUAUCCUUUUUAUCUGCAAGACAACUCUGUAUCUUUGAUUGGAAAAGUCUCAUGUAACCCCCAAAAUGGAUUUUGCAUUAUUAUCCUAUAUAUUAACUAAAUAACUCUGUAAAAUCAGACAAAUACAUGUAGCAAAAGACAUAAGAUACGAAAUUGUUAUCUUGAAAUUGACGAAGCAACUCUGUCUCUGAAUUUAGACAGAUUUCAUUUAAUAGAGCUUGGACAGUGUCUAUAUGGAAGGAAUAGUACUUGAUGAUAGUUUUGGAAAUAAAAAUGGGAAAUUAUAAAGUGCAAUUAUUUGGAAAUGCUAAGGGUUGAUUAUAUCAACACAUUCCAACUCAUUUAUUCUGCUUGGAAAGUAAGUAAACUCUCAUGACAAAAUCUCAUUGAAAAUCAAUGAAGACAAAGACAAAGACAAAAUGAUGAAUAUGAAGGACAGAGAGAGAGAGAGAGAGAGAGAGAGAGUGAGAGGGGGAGGAAAUAUAAUGCCUCUAGCAAUAAUUAAAUAUAUUUGUUACCUUUAAUGCAUUUUAUUUUUUUUACUAGUUUAUAUGAAUCAUAGGUAUGAACUAUGAAAGCCAUGUAUACAUUUUGUAUUUAACACUUGUAUUAUAAUAUAAUGAAAGCAUGAUGCUAUCGGAAUGUUUGUUCAUCUGCUAAAACCAAGAAAUUGUCUAAUUCUUAUUUGUUUCCUCUUAAUUAUAAAUUGCUAUAACUUGUCAUUUUUGAUUAUUGACAAGAAAGUAAUACGAUUAUGAUAAACUGUAUGCAAUAUCAAUGUGUCCUUGUUUCCCUCCCUUUCUCCUCUCUCCCUGCUCUCUUCCUCCCCUCCUGCCUCCCUCCCCUACUCCUUCCCCAUCCCUCC